UGACAGGAAGACAAAGAGAUAUAAGAUGUGUCCGAUUUCCCGUUUUCGACAAACCCCCUUGAGAGACCAGACGCUGUGAGAACUUUCGCACAAUGUUCAAGUCUGGACAAUUCUUCCAGGACUGCUAGCACGUCCCAAGACAUUUUUCUUUUUAUACAUAUACAUACACACACACCCACACACACAUACAUACACAUACAUAAGAAAAUGUCCGACAUAACAGACUUCCUCCACCGGACCUCCUCCCGCUCCAACACUCGCAUCCCCCCCAUCGUCGCCGCGCACCAACGAUCAUCCUCCUGCAAGAUCUCCUCUUCUCCACCCCCAUCUCAUAUGGCCGCUCUCUCGCGCACGAAACUCCACAAAGAAACCUCCGCGCGAGAUCCCGACCUCCGCCGCUGUCUCGGCCACCACCGCCUCCUCCGCCGAUCAGUCCACCUCGCGCAAGACGACAUGCAAAAGGCAAUGAUCUCCUUCCAGACGGGCCCAGACCCGGAGUACGCCUCUGACUCCGACUCCGACUCCGACGACGAGGAGUUCGACGACUACUACCUCAGCAAACAGCAGCCUACGAGCCACCCGCGCGAGGGACCCCCCCUCCGCGAUCAGAUCGCUUCGGUGGUCAAGGCGAUGGUGCGGCGCAAAUUGUCUACUUCUUCUACUGUCACUGCUGCUGCUGCGACGGAGAAGGAAGACGCCAACGUGCCGUCGACUUCGGACUGGGCGUUCGCGAGUAGGAAUAGCGCGGAGGUGUCUGCGCAGCCCGGGAAAUUUGAGAUCAAAGCCGAUGGCGGGCUGUCAGCUUCGGGUGGGAUCUUACGGACUACUACCAUGGCUGUCUCGUCUGGGGAAAUGGGGGAAGGGAAAGGUGAUGAAGUCGAAAGGGAGGAAUCUCUUGACGUGGAGGGGAAAGAGAAUGUGGAGCCUCUCACUCAUAAGGAGUUUGGAUGUCCUCUCCAGCGACAGGUGUGCCAGGAUGAGCAACACCGAAACGACUUCAGAUCGUGGAGAAAGAGGCGACGGUUUCCGCUGGGGCGGAGACUCUGGUCGCCGAAUUACGAAGUGCGGGCUGGGGCUGCUUACUAGAUAUCCGGGUUUCUUGUUAUAUCCUGGGAUAGAUGAUUAGACGGGCUACGAUUACGACAUAAUACCCAUAUAGUUGCUAUUGCUGCUAUUUUUUCAAUUUAAUAUACUAUUUACUUCCUGGUGA